AUGAAGCAGUUGGAGUUUGCCGACGAGAUGACUCGGACCCUGAAACCCCAAGGGAGGGUUUGCGGUGGUUCAUGUGGGUGCCACAGAUACGUACAUUUGGUGAAGAUGCGUGAUUUAGAUAAUGGCCCCAUGCCUCAUAUCAGAGAAUUCGUUAUUCAGAAAGUAGUUGAUCACCACCUCCACCAGAUGAAGAAUUCUGGUGGUGGUGGCAAGUGCUGGAUCCCUGGUUACAAGACAGAUUUGAUCCGGGAUGCUGAGCCACUCAUUCAAGAGGAGCCCCUUAAGCCCUGGAUCACACUCAAGAGGAACAUUAAGAACGUUAAAUAUAUCCCUUCCAUGGUUGAUAUACGUUUCAAGAGUAGAUACGUAUGCGUUGAUGUUGGUGCUCCUAGUUACGGAUCAAGUAUCGGGAGCUGGUUCAAGAAACAGUACCCCAAGCAGAACCAAACGUUUGAUGUUUUCGCCAUCGAGGCUGACAAGGCCUUUCACCACGAGUACAAACUCAAGAAGAAGGUGCAGCUAUUGCCAUUUGCAGCUUGGCUCAGGAAUGAGACUUUGUCCUUUGAGAUCAAUCACGAUCCGGGCAAGGAAGCUGAAGCCAACACAAGGGGGAUGGGCAGAAUCCAGCCUUCUUCCUCGACCUUAGCUGGAGAGGUGAAUCUGAUUCAAGGGUUCGAUUUCGCUGACUGGUUGAACAAGACUGUGAAAGAGAGGGACUUAGUUGUGAUGAAGAUGGAUGUUGAAGGAACCGAAUUUGAUCUGAUCCCCAGGCUAAUCAAGACCCGAGCCAUUUGUCUAAUCGAUGAGCUCUUCCCUGAAUGCCAUUACAACAGGUGGCAGAGAUGUUGUCCUGGCCAAAGGAGCCUUAAGUACAAUAAGACUUAUAACCAAUGCUUAGAGCUCUUUACUUCGCUCAGACAAAGUGGGGUGCUUGUCCAUCAAUGGUGGUAGUGGCUUGGGUGAAUUUCAAAUAUAUCAAUCUACUUUCUUCGUCUAGAGUAUAAACAAGGAUAUAUUGUCGGGUUUCUAUAAAAAACGAAAAGAAAAUGCACACACACACGCUUGUCUUGUCUUCUCUGUUUUGAAUUUCCGUUUACUAUAAGAAGUUUUAGUUUGAAAUGGAAAUUUGAGUUUCUCUCACUUUUUUAAACUUCAUACUAGAUUUUGACCCGCGCAACCGCGCGGGUGUUUGUUUUCGUUUAUAGUUAUAUAAACAUUUUUUUU